AUGGUGGCGACGCUGCUCGAGCUGGGCGCCGACGUGAACAGGGACGAUGGGGACCCCGAGGUCCGGUACACUCCUUUACACAGCGCCGUCGCCAACGAGGCCCCCGGCCUUGUGCGGACCGUUCUCCAGCACGGCGCUCGUGUCAACACGCCACGGGGAGACCGGCGGAUCCCCCUGCACACGGCCAUGCGCCUGCCCCCCGGGCAAAAGAAGCUGUCCAUCAUAGCCACGCUCCUGGUGGUUGGCGCAGACAUUAACCGCCCAAGUCAGAGCGAGUCAUCUGCCGCUCGUUUUGUUGGUAUUGCGUUGGGUAGGGUUCUGGGUUGGCGCGAUAUUGGUUAA